GCCGGGCUCGGAGCGGAUCGCGGUGCCGGUUUCGGUGCGGAUCGCGGUGCCGGGCUCGGCGCGGGUCGCGGUGCCGGUUUCGGUGCGGAUCGCGGUGCCGGGCUCGGAGCGGAUCGCGGUGCCGGUUUCGGUGCGGAUCGCGGUGCCGGGCUCGGCGCGGGUCGCGAUGCCGGGCUCGGUGCGGAUGCUGAUGCUGUACCUGCCCCUGCUGCUGGGCUCGCUGGGGGCCGGCGGCACGGAGCUGACCCUGGAGCUGCCCGACAGCGCCCAGCGCUGCUUCCACCAGGAGCUGGAGAGCGGCAUCAAGUUCAGCCUCGACUAUCAGGUGAUCAGCGGAGGACACUAUGAUGUGGACUGCUACGUGGAGGACCCCAACGGCAAGACCAUCUACCAGGAGACCAAGAAGCAGUACGACAGCUUCUCACACCACACCGACCUCAAGGGUGUCUACACCUUCUGCUUCAGCAACGAGUUCUCCACCUUCUCCCACAAAAUUGUCUACUUCGACUUCCAGGUGGGCGACGAGCCGCCCAUCCUGCCCGACAUGAACAACCGAGUCACUGCCCUGACACAGCUGGAAUCCGCCUGUGUCACCAUCCACGAGAUGCUGAACGCGGUGAUCGACUCCCAGACCCACUACCGGCUGCGAGAGGCGCAGGACCGGAGCCGGGCUGAGGAGCUCAAUGGACGCGUCUCCUACUGGUCAGUGGGGGAAACCCUCAUCCUCUUCGUGGUCAGCAUCGGGCAGGUGAUUCUGCUCAAGAGCUUCUUCACUGAGAAGAGACCCAGCAGCAGCGGAGCUGGCACCUAGAGCUGCUGUGUGUGCCUGAGGGGAGCGGGGAAGGGGCGGCCCUGGGGUCGCAUUUUGCCUCCGCGGCAAAGGGGGGUGGGAGCAGGGGGUGACGUGACCCUGCCGAGCUGGGUGACACAGCCACCCCAGUACAGGUGUCCCCCGGUGUCACCUCCCACUUGCCAUGGCCCAGCCUGCCCUGUCCCCUCGCCUGGCCACCCUGUCCCCGUUCUCUGGCUCCGCGGGGAAGCGGUGGGGAUCAGCGGCAGCAUUAACACUGGGGCACCUCGUGACUGCGACGUGACUGCCGUGACCACACCCUGCCCCUCGGAGCCCUGUGCAGCCAACGAGGGGAUGGGGCAGCACUGGCCCACCUGGGGCUGCACUGGCCCACCUGGCACCUACCCAGUGCCAUCAGCCCCUGACCUGGGGGUCUCUGUCUGCUCCUCAGCUGUCCUGUGACGGGCAGGGUGCUCCCAGCAGCAGGGCCACAUCAACAGCAGCAUCCAACAAGGGAAAGCUUUUUGCUGCAUGGUCCUUUGGCUCUACCGGCCCCUCCUCUCGCAGCAUUUCUCAGGCUGGCAGCAGGUGGUGUGUCCCUAUCCGGUGGUAUUUUCAUACACCAGUCCGUGCCUGAGACUCAGCCCCUCACACAUUCCCCCCACCCUGUGCCAAGGCAGCCCCAUCUCCGCCCCAGAAGCACAGGGGACUCACCACACGCACCUGGGACUGCAGCCCCUCAUCCCCUGGAGCCCCACAAAAUGGAGACCCCACAAGACACCCCUGUGCAAGACCCCUGGGGUGGCUGAUGUGCUGGCCCUCGAGCAGGUGUGAGAUCAUUUUUCAGAGCUGAAGCAACUCCACUCGACUUUGCCACUUUCAAAUAAAUCCCUGCAAGCAUGGCUGGCACUGCCA